AUGCAAGCGAGUCAAAACGCCUUUGACAUGUGGCUGCCCCUGCUCCUACUUUUGCCCCUGGGUAUUGCCCCUAUUAGCACCACACCCCUGGAAGACAGCGAGGACCGCAACUUAAAGCCUUCCAGACAGGAUGUGGUUCAGAAGCCCAGGACGGAUCACCCCGGGCCAGAGCAGUCUAUAUCUGCUGCUCUCCGCGAGCAUGUGGGGCUUUUGGGAGCUGGGAUGCUGAGAAGAGAAGCUGAUGAUGCCCAUGGUCAGGGAGGAACUAGAGGAAAUCAGGAGGUGGAUGUCCUGAAAUCCAACCUCGGCAAGGAUGAUGCACAGAAGGGAGAGGAAUUGCUCACGCAGCCUCCAGUGAUCAACAUAAAGCCCUUCCUUUCCCUGCACAGUGGGGAGUCUAAGGAAGCACCAUGUUUUGCCAUGGCUGGAGGUUUAGGUAACGGACUGAAAGAAGCCCUGUCUGCCUUGCAAGAUGGCUGGAGCAGGGAGAGUGAGUUGGGUAGAGACACCCUGACUCGGUUUGGGAUUUGCACUGGGAGUGAUGGGUCAGCUGAGGCAGGGCUCUCGGCUCUGGCCACACUGAUUGCAGACAGAGAUGGUGACAGUGUGGGCCCUUGGACAUCCAAUCUGGAUAAAGGGCCAAAUCUGUCUUUGUCUGAAGUUCAAAACUUGUUAAUGAGACGUGGUAAAGAAGAAGUUGCCCUGAAGAGACCUCUGCUGGUCUUUUUUCCAAACAAGUCACGACAUGAGGAUAAACCUGGGGGCAUUACCUCCACUGAUCACAGUACCCCAUCUCCAGUGCUGCCACCUUCCAGAACGUACCAGUUCUUGUGUGAGCUCCAGAGGUUCCUUAGUGAUGUUCUCCCCCAGAAGAAGGCGUUGUCUUCACCUGACGGACAUGCCGUGGCUCUCCCGCUGGCCUCGCUGAGCUCUAUGCCACCCCUGACCCUGGGUGAGUCGUCCAGCGAGAGCCUCCUGCUGGGGUUACUGAACUCCUCAACGCCGACCCUUUUCUCCUUCCCCCAACGGGGCUCUGGGCUGCUCAGCCACCGAGUGGCGCUCUCUCUCCAGCCACCGCUGCUGUCUAUGCUUCGGCAGGGGCUGGACGACGCGCUGGCCCAGUUUCGGCACGAGGAGGUGGGAGGUGGGCAUUUGACUGACAGACUAAAGAGGCUAAGUGAUCUUAGUGCCUUGCCAGCUGAAGGGAUGGAUCAAUCAGGUGGUGAUGGGGAUUCCGGUGAGGUCCAGUACUGUGCCCUGCUGUUGCUCAAGGCCUUGCAGACUGUCCUGGGGACCUGGGAGGCCGAGCGAUCGCAGAGGUCAACCCGCGGAGGGGGCGAGGAGAGUCAAGGAAAUCACAACCCCUGUCGCCUGCAGAGCUUGACCAUCUCCCUCGAGGCCUUAAUUCUGGAGCCUUCCGUGGCCACCAUCAACAACUGUGAGGGCGAGUGUAGCUUCCCUUUGCCCAAGGGCAACAACCAUGCCAUCCUGAUUAACAGCAUGGUGCAAAAGGGGGGCUGGACUGGCCGCGCCCCCUGCUGCGUGCCCACAGAGUAUGGAGACCUGCUGGUCGUGGAGCUGGACAAAGAUGGCACCACCUUCUCUGCCAAGACAAACAUGGUGGCCAAGGAAUGUGGCUGCCGCUGAAUUCAGACUGAUGUUUGUGUUUCUGACCACAGCCCACUAACAUGACAGUGCACAAAUAUAUAUGGACUUGUGCAUGUUUUUUUUUCUUUUUGAUUCUCACUACCAUCAUGUAAUUGUAUUAUAAUUACGCUGUACAUACGCUGAUACAUCACAACUGUAUUUAUUUCCCUAUCUACAUA